AUGGCCUCCGCGCGCGGUCCAAGAUGGCAGCAGUUUUUGCAAGAGCUGGUGAUGGUCGCUGGUACUUCGGCCUCCGCAUACUUUCUCAUUCGUUACCUUUUAUCGCGCCUUGAUUUCGACCCAGAGAGCCAGAAGAAAGAAGAGCAACGGCGCAAAUCUGCCGCCAUUCUGCGGAAGCUCGACGGUGGAGAGGAAUCAGAUGGCGACUCACCACGCAGAGAUGCUAAAAAGGCGCGCCGACAAAGGAGGGGAGAUUUAGUCCUCAACCAGUACGAGCAAGCCAUCGCGAUGGAUGUUGUCGCUCCCGAUGACAUUCAUGUCUCAUUUGAGGAUAUCGGAGGCCUGGACGAUAUUAUCGAAGAGCUGAAGGAAUCCGUCAUCUAUCCUCUGACCAUGCCUCAUCUCUACUCUUCCACGUCAUCCCUUCUCAACGCGCCGUCGGGAGUAUUACUGUAUGGCCCGCCAGGGUGCGGAAAGACUAUGCUUGCUAAAGCGCUGGCUCAUGAGAGCGGCGCGUGCUUCAUCAAUCUCCAUAUUUCCACCUUGACUGAGAAGUGGUAUGGUGAUUCGAACAAGCUGGUCAACGCUGUUUUCUCGUUAGCGCGCAAGCUGCAGCCCUCGAUUGUCUUCAUUGACGAGAUAGACGCAGUGCUCGGCACACGGCGGAGUGGUGAGCACGAGGCGAGUGGCAUGGUCAAAGCCGAAUUCAUGACGCACUGGGAUGGCCUGACCUCCGCAAAUUCUCUGGGUGAACCGCAGCGGGUUGUUGUUCUCGGAGCCACAAAUCGCAUCCAGGAUAUUGAUGAAGCGAUCCUUAGGCGGAUGCCUAAGAAAUUCCCCGUGACCCUUCCUCCGGCCGCACAGCGACUUCGAAUUCUCAGUUUGAUUCUCAAAGACACCAAGGUAGACCGGGAAAACUUUGAUGUUCACUAUUUGGUCAAGGCAAUGGCGGGGAUGUCCGGCAGUGAUAUCAAGGAAGCUUGCCGGGAUGCCGCCAUGGUCCCUGUCCGAGAACUGAUUCGACAAAAGAAAGCAGAAGGUCUUCAGAUGACAUCUGUAAAUCCGACUGAAGUUCGCGGCCUUCGUACAGAGGACUUCUUCUCUCGGGCCGGAGGCGUCAGGGUCAUUUCGCAACCCUCUCAGCCCCAGACACGACCUACCAGCAAAGCCAGUUCGGAAAAAGAGUGGAGCACAGCUGAAUCGGAUGCAGCAUCUGAAGUCGAGCCACGACCCGCUGAGAUGACUGAACCGCCUGAAUAA